AUGAGUACCGUCAACAAAUCGGGAACGCGGUUCACGCCAAAGCUGACGCAGCGAAGCCGGUCGCGAUCCGUUAGUACAAGCAAACAGCAACUUCCGACUCCCGUGUCGACGCAGAAGAGGCCGCAGGACACAGCUAAAAGCACAACACAGGAGACAUCUGCUAUUGACGACCAGAGCGACGACAACGGCGAGCGGAACUCAGACGUGUUUGCAAAGCCACGCAGAGCGUCUGUAGUCUCGCUGGGUAACCUCAGACGGCCGUCUGUGACGGGAUUGAAGACGCCCGAGAGCAGCCAGAGACGCCUUUCUUCCUUGGGACCCGGUGCCGCUGCUGGGCCUUUGGGGCUGCGCAGCCGGCAGGGCAGUGUUGGAGGCAUUUCUGAGAGACGGCGUUCUUCUGAAGAGGGGGACGCGCAGCCCAUGAAGAUCGGCAUUCCCGAAAUGGCGGGCAGUUUGGGCCGGAGACGCAGCUCGGGGCAGUCGAGCAACGGCGAGGUUGGAGUCGAGUUCAAGAAAAUCGGUCCGCGAGCCGGCAAUGUUGCGACGGAUGAUAACGUCGACCCUCUAAAACAGGGGAAACCCCAGGAAGUGAUGUUGACAAAGGCGGAGCGCGAAAAACAGGUCAAGUUCAUCAUCGAUCCCGAAAAACAGGUGUUGACAAAAGUGAGUAUCGACGAGUACCAAAAGAUGCGGAAUCUGCCGAACUCGGUGGUGAUCGAUGAGAUCAAGGCGUUGAACAAGGUGCGCAAUUCUGAGGACGCCGAUUUGCUGGAGAACUUUGUCAUUAACGACGGCAAGGUCACGCUGGAAGAGCUGUGCAAGCCAGUGAUACCGUUUGGAAAAGUGUCGAAAAACUACGAGCUGGCGAUUGAGGGGGACAAGCGGCGGAUGGCGCAGCGGGAGCUGCGUUGUAAGCGGCGAAAGCUCGCGCGCGAAAUGCGGGUGCCUUUGAACCAGCUGGAAGGAGAAGAGGAAGAGAAGCUGGAGAAAGAGCGACAGCAGAAAGCAAAGAAGAUAUUGGAUUCCGGUGACGCUGACAGUCUGCGCAGAAACAAGCGGCAGCCACAGCUACAGCUGGAUGAGAACCAGAAGUUGAUUCUGGACCCGGAGUCAACGGUGAUCGAUCGCCACAGCGGGCCUGCCGACUCUGCUAGAGAGGUGGUGGACGAGAAUCCGUUCCAGAAUCUGAUCACGUCUGGCUCGUACUCGAAGAAGAAGUAUGUGGACAAAUGGACUUCCGAGGAGACGGCGGAGUUCUACAAGGCGCUUUCGACUUGGGGUACCGAUUUUGGGCUGAUUGCGCAGCUGUUCCCGUACCGCACGCGGCGGCAAGUGAAGGCGAAGUUCUCGUCUGAGGAGCGACGCAAUCCGCAUUUUGUCGAGCUGGCGCUGCUACGCAGGCUGCCCGUCGACAUUGCCGAGUAUGCGGCCAAGACGGGCAAGGAUUUCAAGACUCUGGAGGAGUACGAGGCCGAGAUCAAGGCACUGCAGACGAAGCACGAGAACGAGAUGAAAGAGAUGAAGGCGAUGAAGGAGCGUGCUCGUCUGGAGGACCUGAACAGUACCAACGAGCUGGAGACGACGAGAUUGACGUCGCGGUCGCGGAGAGAAAGAUUGUUGGCAUUCCGCAAAGACGAGGAGGUGGUUGGAUUUAUCGACAGGAAAUAAUUAUCAAGGCGCAGCUAGGAAAAAUAAAUAAAAAUGAG